AGCCGCUUGGCGCCGAGAUCGAGCAGCGGCACGGAGCUUGGCGCGAUGUUCCGUCGCUUUUUUGCGCUUGCGCUUUCCGCGUGCUUACAUAUGGGCCUCCCUUCUUCCUCGUCGUAGUGCAACUCACGCGGCGUUCCUCUCAAGCCACUCGCUGCGUUACCUCCGCGACCGAAGUAGUAGCUGGAGAGGGCAGACUGUCUUGGGUCUGUCGCUCUGCACAAGGCUUCUACUUUUUAGCUCAGCUUAGUUCAGGAAUUGAGGCUUGUGAUCGAACAUUAGUUUUUGUGGACUUCCGUGUCAACUACUGCUCUCGCUGCUGCGGGAGUGACUGAACUCCCUCGAAGAUGCUUUGCAGCUUUGCCUCAGUUAUCCAACCGCUCUUGGUGAUCGCUGCAUCAUUCUAUUUCGUCAUCCUGCCCUCCGGAUGCCAGUCUACCGAGGGAAUCCAGCACAACGGUAGCACGAACGGUUCUUCAAACGACGACUGCAUGAAGCCUUCCCAGAUGAGGGUGGACACAACCGACGUUCUGCGCCGACUCCGACUGGUCAUGAAAAAGGAAGGACUGGCUGGGUACAUUGUUCCUUCGCAGGACGAGCACCAGAGCGAAUUUGUGCCGGACUACACCAAGAGACGGCAGUACAUUUCGGGUUUCUCGGGUUCAGCAGGCAUGGCUGUUGUUCUCCAGGAGCGGGCCCUCGUGCAAACGGACUCCCGCUACCGUGUCCAAGCCGCUCUCCAGAUGGACUGCCAGUGGACGCUGGUUCCGGAGGGCGCCGACCUUGUGGGGACCUUCGCCGCCAUGAUCCCGCCCGAUGACGUCGCCCGUGGCAACAACAAAAUCGGCGUCGACACCCGCCUCGUCACGCAAGAAUAUUAUGCGACGCUCAAGAGUCAGCUGGAAAGGCACAAGCUGGUUUUGGUCGGCAAGGGCAGCAACUUGGUCGACGUCAUCUGGACCUCGGGGACCGGAAGGCCGCACGAGCCGUUGUCGCCAAUCACGGUUCACGAGCUUCAGUACGCCGGGGAGACCUGGCAAAGCAAGGUUGGACGACUCCGUGAAAAGCUGUCCGCUCAACAUAUUGACGGCAUCGUAAUAUCAGCACUGGAUGAAAUCGCCUGGCUGUUCAACCUUCGAGGGAGCGACGUCCCAUACACGCCUGUUUUUGAAUCCUUCGCCCUCAUCACCCAAACGGAGGCGAAGCUGUAUCUGAAGAGAGGAAUACGCUCUCUCGAAGAGGCCGUCCAGGCUCACCUCAACGCCGACUGCAGAAACGACACCGAACCGUGCGUUACGAUAAUGGAUUACAAUGAGACGUAUCAGGACAUUCCAAAAAGUGCUACCAAGUUUUCUCGGAUCUUGACAACCUUUGCCUGCAGCUACGCCCUUUGUGGGGACAUACCCAAGGAAAAGCAGGUGCAGAAAGACUCUCCCGUAAAGUACUUCCAAGCCAUCAAGAACAGCGUAGAAGUCGACGGCAUGAAAAAUGCCCACCUCAAAGAUGCUGUAGCCCAAGUGUCUAUGUAUGCUCUUCUGGAGAAAGAUCUAAAAAAAGGGAAAACCUGGGAUGAACUCAAGGUGGGCAAGCAACUCAUUCACUUCCGCAAGGAACAGAAGCUAUACCGAGGGGACUCGUUUGAGACCAUUGCGGCAUCCGGACCCAACAGUGCCAUCGUGCACUACUCUCCGACUGCUCAAACCAACAGGAAAGUAGACAAGGACCAGAUGCUCCUCGUCGAUACUGGCGGGCAGUACUUAGAUGGGACAGUCGAUCUUACCAGGACGUGGCAUUUCGGCAAUCCCACUCCGUUCCAGAAGGAAGCGUACACGAGGGUCCUGAUGGGUGUCAUUGAUCUCUUCACUUUAACGUUUCCUCAAGGCGUGACGGGCGCUCAGGUGGACAUCUUGGCUCGAAGACCGCUGUUCGAGGCGGGACUGAUGUACGGCCACGGCACAGGACACGGGAUCGGAUCCUACCUCGCCGUCCACGAAAGUAUUCCACGCGUGGCGAACUACCCCAAGCCAACUGACGCAGCUUUUAUGCCUGGAAUGUUCUUCUCAAUCGAGCCUGGUUUCUACCUUGUUGACCAAUUCGGUAUUCGACUGGAGACGACGGCUACAGUGGUGGAAACAGCGCCUAAGUACAACGUCAGUGGUAUGAAAUUUUUCAAGUUCGAGCCCAUCGCCUUCCUACCGUUCGAGAGAAAACUAAUUCUUCCAGAACUGCUGAACACACGCCAGGUCAAGUGGUUGAACGAGUACAAUGAGAACAUUCUUCGCCGUGUUGGCCGAGAGCUGAGACAGCAGAAAAAGUACGAAGCUGGCGAGUGGCUCCAGAAACAAGUCUUCAUCCUUCCUGUUCCAAGGGUUUCCAUUUCCAGUGACGCCUCUUUGCCGGCGUUGUACCCAUCGGUGACCACAGCUUCAUUAUUCAGCAUUUUCAUCGCCCAUCGAGCCCUGAAUUUUGCUUUGACCUAAUGCUCGGCGGCCAGUUUAAAAGAAAUCGUCUUUCGAUCGCUCUUAGAGCACCUGCCCAUUUGAUUAUCCCAUGUCGUUCGCUUUAGAGCAAGGUGACCCCUAUCACGGAUAGUUUAACGAUACUUCGUUCACGGCUAAGCUGAUAUGGUUGUGCAAACUAUGUUCUCGCAUGUCCUGUCAGAUGCCUGGCUUUUGAUCACCUUAUCGAGCUCUCCGCGAGUGAGUACGCCGCGCAGAGAGCGUGAUCAGGUGUGUAAAGCCAACGGCUGAGUGAUUUCACGAACAGGUAACUCCCACCAUGCCAUCAGCUGAGGGGUGAACUAAACAUAUAGUUCCCCCUUUAUAUAUUCCUUGCAUUCAGUCAUUGACAGCUAGCUUAAAGAAAUUAUGGCAGGCAAUAUUGCCCGGAUUCUUGUGCUCUAAAAUUAGGGGUUAUCUUGGCGGCAGAUUUAAAAUGGGCAUCUUCGAGUAUCAGUUUUGAGCGCAUACAAAGCUUCUUGUUCAAGGCAGAGACAAAGUAUGCACUCGCAAGUGCGGUCAACGCAUCGGGUCGUUACGCAUGGUUUGCGGUUGAAUGAUCCGAACAAUCCAGCUGAGUCAUAGCGUUUGUUAGCUUCAUGUUUGUCCAAAGUGUUUUCGAGGACCGUAAUCAGAAAUCACGGGAUUUACGAUUUCCUCGUGCGUGAUGUACAGUAGUUAUGGCUUAACUGUGUUCCCCAGUUUUGUAUAUCUUAUAUUAUAAUGAAUUAAUUUGUAGAAACACAAGUAACUGCCGCACAAUCUAAUGGGCGAUGUCAAUCACGCAGAUACGAGAAUUAUCCAGUAAAUUAAAAAUAUCUGCGAAAUUUAAAAAAAAAUGUAAUAUUUGUUUAGAAUUAAAUACGAAUGUAUAUUCUACUGCGCGAUCCACUGAUGCAUAUCCGCUGGCAAAACCGAAUAUCCGGUGCACAACCUGGGAAUAUUGAAGUUUCUCUUUCACAGUAAUUGUCGGAAUAUUUCUAACGGUUUAAUCCUUGGGCAUCGUGUCUGCAAUGAUUGAACUCAUUAGUAAUGAGUUUCGAAGUCAAUGUCAUAGUACAAACGUGAAUGUGAAGACCCCUUAUUGUUUAUAGCAUUACCCACGCGAGAGUUUUGAUUUUUUCUUAUCUACGCAGCCUGUACUUUUCUGAACUGCUGGAUGCAAUUGAGGAGGUAUCCGGUUCUACUGGGGUAUCAUGGAGAAUGCUCAUCGGUACUCUCUGAGAGAAACUCGGGAACAGAACGUAAAAAAAUGGCCAGCUUAGAAAAAUCAACCAAAAACCGGUGAUCAAGUGUACUGACUUUCUGGGUGUGCCAAAAGGUUGUUUUUUUUUUUUUGGCUUUUUUUUUUUUUUGGCCGGGUAGAAAUACUUAUGUCGUACUUUUUUAUUUCACACUUUCUAGAAUUUGGAGAUGUUCCACCUGAUAGCGCAAUAGAAUCUGUAAAAAAAAUGUGAUUAUUUAAACAUAUCAACCUAGCAUAUCCCGAGAAACCGACAACCACCAUAGCGAAGCCGUCUUCUUUUUGUUUUGUUUUGCGAGCCAAACAAUCUUUCCCACCACAUUUUUCAGAAACUUUUGUUGCCGGUUGUAAUACAUAAUGGCAGCGGUAUAAGAAAUGCUUCUAAUAAGGUACGUUUGGAGUAUUAUCAAACAGAGUUGUAUGUUUUUUCGCUAAGUAGAACUAUACGUGUUGAUUAAAGAUUUCGACACAAUUUUUUUCGGAUUAUGGGUGCAUAGUGGAGUGAACAAGUCGAUGUCUGCACGGUAUGCAAACCAUACAAUUUGUUGAACUUAGAAGAGUACUUUAGAAAGUAUAUACUCUGUUGCACCUUAUAAACUGCAAAAAUACCCCCCCCCCCUUUUUUCACCAGAAAAAAAAAAGAAAACAACAAACAAACGAGAACCAAAAUUGGUAUUUUUAAUAUCUAAGUUACCAAGCAUUGGAAAUUGGGCGUAUCUUUGUUUUUGUGAAUACCAAUCGUAGCGAAAAUGCACUGGCAGACGUUCAACGCGUUUCGUGACGACGGAAAGACAGCUCGUUUCCACUGCAAGGCCAUUUCUUUGUACGAAUUCGGGAUGAAGUCUCUUGUACUAUUGUUUAUGCGUUGCAAGAGACAAUAGAAACCAUAUCGCGUUAGCGUAGAGCUUCUUACUAUUCUAUAAUCGUCCCUCCUGUUUCUGGUAUGGUGGCUUUGUACUUAUUACAUGAGUUGGAAAAGGGCUCAGCCGGCCUUGGGUCUCAGACGAAAUGUACGUGAUCAAACUCCUACACUCACUAGGUCGUUUUUGCAAAUAAUAGACUUUACAUAAGAACGAGAAUGCCCACCCCAUGUGCAAGAUGCUUCCUAAAUCAUUUACAGCGAGGCAAAAAUAGAUCGAGGUUCCUUAAAAUAAAUCUAGAAAAUUGGUUUCGCGUGCUUCAACGCUGUAAUUUAGCACGACGGUGUGACCUGGUCGGGCAAUGUUUUUAGAGAAUAUGAAAGAGUAAACGUGUGACGAGGGUGAUAGCUAAAAACCGCAAUUGUCUCAGCGAACUAACAUGAAGCUUCAUUUUUCGGGGCAAUGGGGAAAAAAGAAAAGGAAACAUUUUCGUGGGCGUUUGGGACUUUUGACUUUAAAAGAAAAAAUGUUAAUAAAAUAAGUAUGGCUUUGUUGUUGCUAUUUUUUUUCCUAAAGCUCCCUAGUGGCCCAAAGAAGCGUUUUUUUUUUUCCUUUUUAAUCUAAAAAAGCCUAACUCCGCACUCUAAAAAAAUCUGGUCGUAAAAGAACUGGUGGGGGUUCUUCGGCUUGUCCAUAUUUUGCUCUCUGAAAAGUUUUUUUAAGCACCCCGAAAUAGGUUCUUCGUGAACAAUCUAUAAUUGGUUCUUUUAAGCUCCUUUUUUGUGCGAGAGGUUUUCGUCGCCCAGUUGCAUUUCUAGUGCACCAGGGGGCGAUAGUGUUUCAGACGAAACGGUUCAUCACGAGCUGAAAUAGUUCUGGGGGCGUCGGAAGAACCUUUCAAGAAGGGAUUUGUUUUUAUUGAGCCAUAGAAAAUUAAAAAUUUUUAUAUACUACAUUUGAUUGUCUGCAAACUGGAUUUUAGGUUUCCAGCAAGAAAUUCAGUUAGAUUUCCUUUUCCGAAAUUCAGUUAGCGAAAAGUUAUACUGUUUUUUUCCGGCAGGGUGGACAAUGUUUUUACUUCAAUAUUGUCACAAAACGAACGCAACGCCUAGUCAUUCUUUUCAGAUAAAUCAAAUAACUCAGCUAGCGUGAAUCACGUAUUGCCUACGCCGAACUUAAAUAUGUGUGCCAUUUCUAUGUGCUUUUGUCAACUUGAUGGGUCGUUCUUGUCAUUGUUUUUAGUUUCGGACUACGGAAUGACAAUGUCUCUCUUAAAAUUUAUGAAUACACUGAUGAUUUCGAUCUUUUAGUGUGUUUAGUGCACGUGGCUACUGGGAAAAAGCUAUUUUCCUAGACCAGUGGAUCAGCUUAUUCACAAACUUUUUUUUUACUCUACACAUGUUUACGCCGGCAAAGUAUUAAUUUAUUAUUGCUCGUACCAUCCAAUAAAAGUUUUGGUUUCAUGAAAAA